UUAGUAAUGUAUUUUGCCUAAUGCAUUUCAACAUUUGUAAAACAAAUCAAAGCAAAAAUGAUGCUGUUAGUGAAAGUUAUUUUGAAAUAUGGCUACACUGUGAGAACUGUGAGAUUUCCAGUCAGAUGAACAGCAUGGGGAUUCCAUGGAAGAGAAGAUUCUUGAGAAAUCUGUAUUGUGCAAGAAACUCUCAUUUGUUAUGUGGGAGGCUUUCUUUAAAAGGAAGACUGCGGACCCACAACUACUCACAGACAACUGACUACGAUAAGUGACCUACUUGAUACAAAAGACACUAAGAUUACUUUGCAUUAAACUGGUUGAAAAUGAAUAUGUUCAGUGUAGCAGGCUUUACUCUUCUGAUCUGCAUGACCAUCCUGUCUACAACAGAAGGUAGACCCCUUCGUUGUUCCUGCCCUGGAACAUAUUCGGGAAGACCCAUCCUUAGCAAAGCGAUAGAUGACUUGAAGACAAUUUCUGCUGGUCCACACUGCAAAAAUGUGGAGAUCAUCGUCACAAUGAAGCACUCACAGAAAAAGACCUGUCUUAAUCCCAAUAAAGACUGGGUGAAAUCUCUUAAAGAAGAAAUGGAUAAGAAGUCAAAAGUCAAUAAGAUUCAGUAAGCAUAAUUGCGGCUUAUUACCAAAGAACAAAAAGCUGAUAUUGUGCCAUCUGAUUAUUUGAAGAAAUGUAUUAAACUUGCGGUUAAAUGUUUAGGGUCGCUUACUCAUCAUUAUUUUUAAUUAUUAAAGUUAACUCAUCAAAACUAGGGAAUAACACAAAUGGCAUUGUGGAAAAUAUGUUGUCACUUACUUGAAAACUUCUUAAGGUUCUUACUAUUGGAUGCUUUUUAAAGAGUAUUGAAAGAGUUCCCAUCUAUGCAUUUCUUAAUUAUAAAAGCUUUUUUUUU